CUGAUACUAAAUUACAGCUCAGCUAUGUUGAGAUUAGUGGCAGUCUGUACACUGCUUACCCUGGUACUCUCCAAGGCGGUGGAGGAUGUUGACUCGUUUGCACAGGGUGCUGGAUACGAGGAAUGUGAAGAAUGGACGGACUGCAGCAACCAAGUAGACGGAGAUGACCUGGACAGCUACCAGGCUGAGCAGUACAGAUUUGAUCACGGACAAGCCGAACAGAGCGGUCCUGGGUGCCCCAAACCCAAGCCUCUCAAGGAGAUAUGUGCUAAGUACGAGUGCCCGCCCAUCGAGAAGGUGGACGUGUCCGGCUGUGGGUUUGAGGCGCGGAAAGUGCUGAGUGCUAACUGGACCGUUACUUCUCUUGAUAUCACCUCUGACAUGAGAACAGGUCGUAAAGACGCCUUCUGGAGGCUCUUCAAGUACAUCAGUGGAGCAAAUGACCAGGGGGCUAAGAUCGCUAUGACAGUGCCGGUCAUCACUAAAUGGUACAUGGAUGACGACUAUGAAGUUGUGGGUGCAGAGAUGGCAUUCUACAUCCCAUCUGCCUUCCAAGCAAACCCACCAGCCCCCACGGAUGACCAAGUAAGAGUAGAAAGUUGGGACGAUGCCAUCACUUACGACCGAGCAUACGGAGGCAACAGCAAGAACCCUGAGAUCUAUAAGAAGGAGUUUAAGAAGCUGUACAAAGCACUAACUAACGAAAACAUCACCCCGUACACCAAGAUGUCCCUGACAGCCGGAUACACCCGACCUGGCUGGGGCAGACAGAGAAGGGAGAUGAUGCUGGUGGAUGCUGGAUCCAUACAAUCAAUUCCAGCAGUUAUGUUAAGGUUAUUAGCAGUAUGCACACUGCUGACUGUAGCCCUUUCUAAAGCGGUGGACUCAGACUUUGAUUGGCAGAACAUUCUGAAAGAGCAGGGUUUCUCCGAAGAGGAUAUCGAGGGAUUCGCUCAGAACGAGAGAGAAGCAAAAGUGAAAUUAGAACAAGAAGAAGCGGAAGACGAAGAUGACAUAACCUGGGAUGAAGCUAAAGGGUACGACGAGUGUGAAGAGUUUAUGUGGUGGAAGAAAGCCGGAAAGGAGGACUGGGCGGACAAGAAGAAAGAAUGGGCUGCUAACAAUGAAAUGGAAGACGAAGAAGACAAAGAUGAUGAAUAUGAAGUUGACCAGUACAAGUUUGGUGGGAACAAGAAGAAGGGUAAAAGUUGCCCUAAACCUAAAUCACUUGCUGAGGUUUGCGAAGACAAUGAGUGUCCUCCCUUUGAAGAGGUUGCUGUGUCUGGAUGUGGAUUUGAAGCAAGGAAAAUCCUCGCUGCAAACUGGACCGUUACCAAGCUCGACGUUUCUGACAUGAAAAAGGGUGAUCAAUCAGCAUUCUGGAGGCUCUUCAAGUACAUCAGUGGAGCUAAUGACCAGGGAGCUAAGAUCGCUAUGACAGUGCCGGUCAUCACUAAAUGGUACAUGGAUGAGGAGUAUGAACUUGUGGGUGCAGAGAUGGCAUUCUAUAUCCCAUCUGCCUUCCAAGCAAACCCACCAGCCCCCUCAGAUCCACUUGUCAGGGUAGAGAGGUGGGAUGAUGCUAUCACUUACGAUAGAGCAUUUGGAGGAAACCGUGAAGAUGAGGAGUUUUACGUGAAGCAAUUCAAGAUGCUGUACAAAGCACUAGCGAAGGAGGACAUUACACCUUACAGCCAGAUGUCGAUAACAGCUGGGUUUACCCGACCUGGCUGGGGCAGACAGAGGAAGGAAGUCAUGCUGGUGGAUGCUGGAUCUAUGUGAGAUCUCUCAAUGUGGAGGUGAUAUACACAUUAUGAAGGAGUCAGUUCGAGGACAAUAUUAGUCUGGUAGUGCAUGGAUAAUAAACACUUUAUAAAAUUAUAGAUUUUUUCAAAAACAAAUUUCUAAAUACCUAAUUUUUAGAGUUCCAAGUCAAAAUUUUAGAUUGUCAGAUAUUUUAACAUUUGUAACUAAGAUAUUAAAAUUAUGAAUAUUUAGCUACUUCUCAUAAA